GCUGUCAAAUAUGGCGGCGUCCACCAUGUCUUUUCGCUAGUGAGGGUCGGCCACGGCGUGUUUUUGGACUGAUUCUGUAACGGGACGCCGCGCGGUUACAAGUCAACAUGGGUAUCCUCGAGAAGAUCAGCGAAAUCGAGAGAGAAAUCUCCCGGACACAGAAAAAUAAGGCUACGGAAUACCACUUGGGCCUGCUGAAGGCCAAGCUAGCAAAGUACAGGACUCAGCUUCUGGAGCCACAGGGCAAAUCAAAGGAAAAGGGGGAAGGCUUCGAUGUUAUGAAAUCGGGCGAUGCGCGUGUCGCUCUCAUUGGCUUUCCAUCGGUUGGCAAGUCCACGCUGCUCAACAUCAUGACUGACACCCACAGCGAGUCAGCGUCGUAUGAGUUCACCACACUCACCUGCAUCCCUGGUGUUAUUGAGUACAAAGGUGCCAACAUACAGCUUCUCGAUCUGCCUGGUAUCAUCGAAGGUGCCUCUCAAGGCAAGGGACGAGGACGCCAGGUGAUUGCCGUGGCCCGAACUGCCGACCUUGUUGUCAUGAUGCUGGAUGCCGGCAAGAGCGAGGUGCAUCGGAAGCUGCUGGAGCAAGAGUUGGAAGCCGUCGGCAUCAGGCUAAACAAGCUGCCGCCAAAUAUUUACUUCAAGGAAAAGAAAGCAGGAGGCCUGAGCUUUAACUCGACUUGCAACCUGACAAAGUGUGACGAGAAGCUCGUCCAAAUGGUUCUUCACGAGUACAAGAUCUUCAAUGCCGAAGUCCUCUUCCGUGAGGACUGUACCCCGGAUGAGCUGAUUGACGUGAUCCUGCGCAACAGGGUCUAUCUGCCUUGUGUAUACGUUUACAACAAGAUCGACCAGAUUGCCAUUGAGGAGGUGGACCGGCUUGCCCGCCAGCCGCACAGUGUUGUUGUCAGCUGCAACAUGAAGCUGAACCUGGACUAUUUCCUGGAGAGGCUGUGGGAAUACCUGGCUCUGAUUCGGGUCUACACCAAGAAACGUGGAUCUCCUCCUGACUUUGAUGGUGGCCUUAUUCUCCGAAGGAACGCAACAGUUGAGCAUGUGUGUCACGCAAUCCACCGCAGCAUUGUCCACGUCUUCAAGUAUGCACUCGUCUGGGGCACGAGCACCAAGUACAGCCCACAGAGGGUUGGCCUGCAGCAUGUGGUUCACCACGAAGAUGUCGUCCAGAUUGUCAAAAAAUGAUGGAACCGCUGUGCCCUAGGAACUGCAAAUGAUUUAUAAUGCCUGCCAUAAAUGAAGUGUAUUGGCGGAACAUUUUUUUUUUCUUCUUCGCAAGCCUCAUGACAAUGUAUUGUCAAGGAAAGAACAUCAUAAAGCGACAAGCCCAGUGACCAACUUGCCUUGA